GACUUGCCUCUCGCCAAACUGCUUCCUCAGACAAGAUGAAGCCAAGGAGGAGCUUUCUGACACAUUGGAGUCACAGUGACUGCUGCCCAGUUUAAAAUCGAUGUCAGACUGUGCCUCAGCUGCCUGGCGAGAUGAAAGAAGUGGUGUUGUGGUCACCUGAGGAAGUGACAAAUUGGCUAACAGAAAAUGCUGUGCCGGAGUACUGUGAGCCAUUGAAGAGCUUCACCGGGCAGGAUUUGAUCAGCCUCACAGAGGAGGAUUUUAAGAAGACUCCUCUCUCCCGGGUGUCUUCCGACAGCGGACAGCGGCUAUUGCACAUGAUUGAAACUUUAAAAAUGGCUCACCACAUUGAGGCUCACAAAAACGGGCACAUCAACGGGCACAUCCACGUCAGUGUGAGCAACACCAUGCGGGAGAAUGGCUUUAGCAGUAAAAUGAAGCUGAAUGGGAUGCCAAAUGGGUAUAAGAAGGAGAUGAUAAAGAUCCCCAUGCCAGAGCCAGAGCGCUCACAGUAUCCUAUGGAAUGGGGCAAGACUUUCCUGGCUUUUGUUUAUGCACUUUUUUGUUUCGUCUUUACCACAGUGACUAUCUCAGUCGUUCAUGAACGAGUGCCUCCCAAGGAGGUGCAGCCUCCCCUGCCAGAUGCUUUUUUUGAUCGCUUUGAUCGGGUGCAAUGGGCUUUUUCUAUUUGUGAGAUCAACGGCAUGAUCCUUGUAGGGCUGUGGUUUGUUCAGUGGCUGCUUUUAAAAUACAAGUCUAUAAUUAGCAGGAGAUUUUUCUGUAUAGUUGGCACACUAUACCUGUAUCGGUGUAUUACAAUGUAUGUGACUACACUCCCAGUACCUGGCAUGCAUUUCAGGUGUUCUCCAAAGCUUUUUGGAGACUGGGAAUCUCAUUUGCGAAGGAUAAUGAAAUUGAUUGCUGGCGGAGGAUUGUCCAUCACAGGAUCCCACAACAUGUGCGGCGACUAUCUGUACAGCGGUCACACCGUCAUAUUAACUCUUACAUACUUAUUUAUCAAAGAGUAUUCCCCACGGCGACUCUGGUGGUAUCACUGGCUUUGCUGGGCACUCAGCAUGGUUGGAAUGUUCUGCAUCCUCCUUGCUCAUGACCACUACACUGUGGAUGUGGUGGUGGCUUACUACAUCACUACAAGACUUUUCUGGUGGUAUCACACAAUGGCCAACCAGCAAGUGCUAAAAGAAGCUUCCCAAACUAACCUCCUUGCAAGGGUCUGGUGGUACAAGCCCUUCCAGUACUUUGAAAAGAAUGUCCAAGGAAUUGUACCUCGCUCGUACUACUGGCCCUUCCCCUGGCCGGUGCUGUACCGGGGCAGGCAGGUGAAAUACAGCCGCCUGGUGAAUGACACAUAGCAAUGUGUUGAUGGACAAAAUGGGGGGUAAAGGACCUGUCCCAAGUGCUAAGAACUCCAUACGAGAAGAUGCCAUAAACAAAAUCCAACCACUCCCUAACCCUUUCUUUUAACAGUUCCCUUGACUUAACCUAUUCAGUUACCUGGUAAGCACUGUGAUCUUUUUUUCUCUCCAAAGGAUCUGCGUUGGACAAUAAUAAAGAAAAUUUAACUUAUCCUGCACUGUUAUACAUUUCUUGUUAAUAGAUUUGGGAUUUACAUUUACCCAUCACCGUGUUCCUUUGUAUAUGAUGUGACAGCAUAAGCGAAAGCUUUUAUAUCAUAAGUUCUGGUCUUUCCAGUCACGUCUGGGAAUAAAGCAUAUUAUUUUCUUGGGAAAACAUACUUUUCAUAUCUCUUGCCCCAAAGAUUGGGCUGUAAGCCAUUUUCUAGCAAAUGACUAUAUGAAGGUUUCUAAAUACCUGCUUUGGGUAAAAUUGAGAAAUCUUUCUACCUGUUGCACCGCACUAUGAAUGAGAUGAUAGACACAGGAAGGUUUGCUAAUCUUGAUUCUGUAGAAUCUGCGUUGACUGUCUCGAAAAAUGGAAAAAAAAAAAAAAAAAAAAAAAAAAAAAAAAUUGUAAAGUGAUUUUCUAAGUAUUUCCUAACUUUAUUUUUCAAAAUGUGUAUGAAAAAAUUUAAAAAGAUUUUUACAUGUCAGAGAAUAGAGUUAAAAUUUAAAGAAAAUGCUUCUUGGGAGAGAGAGAUUUGUCUAUGUUUCUAGUGCCUUUCUUGUCUUGAUUGUAUGGUCAGUAGGCAGUCUUAAAUGUUUUUAUUUAAAAUAAAGUAUUCAAUGAAAGCAGAAUUAUAUAUACUGUAUAAUUACUAAUUUUUGCAUUUAUAGCUAAACUGGAAAUUUGCUUAUAAUGUUGAAAUUGCCAUGUGUGUGUGGGGGGGAAAAGGGUCCGAUCUUGCUCACACAUUGUGGGCAGGUCAAACUAAAACGUAUCACUUUAUUGUCUACUUGGUAGCUGUAUUUUAAAAAGAAAAACAGCCAUGAAUUUCUCUUUUUUAAGAAUUUUACAAAUGAUCACUGAGUGAACUACAAAUGAUUUCUCCAUCCAGUAUUGAAAUGUUGUUGAAAAACAACAAAGAUAAUCUAUUUCUUUAAAAUAUUUGUGCAGAAACUGCAUGUAAUUAUAAAUUUCACUCCUACCAUACGUACUGUAUGUUUGGGGAAGCAUUCUAUCCGAAACUUGCCAAUGUGCAGAACAAAAUAGCUUUUUUUAAAGAAUGAAGAAGAGAAAAUAUAUAUAUAAAUAUAUAUAUCCAUUCUGUAUUUUACGUGAAGCAGAGUUAUCUUCUGUAGGGUUUUUGUGUAUUCACAAGGUGAUAUUUGUAUUGUAAAACAACAAUGGUGAAGGAAAAUAAAAAGGCUUUUGAAAAA